UACGAGUACGAUAUAUUGAUCUGUACGUAUUUGACAUCGAACGAGUCGCUUUAUAGAGGAGGAUCGGUGACGUCGAAUAACAACGACAAAGGCCAUUGGACAAUUUCGGUCCAUAGUUUUCAAAGGAAUUCCAAAAGCUUUUUGUCCGAAAAUUGUAUUCUUCUGUGGCGCCACUGUCGGCGCAAUUGCACUGCUACAUGUCCGGUGGUUGCACACAUGGUCGCAUACAUCAAUCAAUUCUAUAUAGUAAAGUUAAAUAAAAUUAGCGGGAGCGUAUCUCUGCUACCUUCAAUCAUAUGGUUAAUUCAUUAUUUAUUAUUUAUUUUGGUUAAAAAGUGAUUUAUUAGGCCGCACGUAUAGUCCCCUCUUGUCGUUAAAGACAUUAUUACUUGUGUAAAAGACUUCUAAUCGCACUAAACUCUAAAAUUAAUGUCUCCAAGAAGCGUCAGAACUUAUAAUACAUAUCAAGGAAGCAUCCAGAAUGGAUCUGCCGGCAACUCAAAUUUGUUAUGAUUAUGAUGACAUGCCGACUCAAAAGAUUGAACAGCCCAUAGAAAAGGAACAUAAUGUGCAGGUUGCCGUAUUGACCGUCAAUUCUAGUUCAUAUCCCAUUUAUAAAGGUAUUAGUAAGAUAGGACGACAUCCGGAUUGUAAUGUUAUUUUUAACGAUCAGAGUAUAUCGAAAUAUCAUGCAGAGAUAGAAAUAAAUACGUCCCCAGUGAAUGCUUGGAUAUGCGAUCUGAAUUCUUCGAAUAAAACAAUACUCAAUAAUAUUGUUUUACGGCCUACGCGUUAUUACGAAUUAAGGGAUAACAGUACCAUUGAAUUUGGCAGAAUAAAAGCGAUUUAUAAGACGUGCCGUUUAGAAAAUGAUUUUGUCAUCCCCGAAACACCUCUACAGUAUAAACAAAAGAAAAUAACACCUAUAAUUCCAGAAUCGCCAGAUUCUUUAUCGAAUAAUUCGUCAGUUAUUAACGGAGAUGAUUCGACGAUUGCGACAGUGCCGCAAGAAUGUCUCAGUAAAUCUAUUUGUUUGCGGCCAUUUAUAAAUCAGGAAAAAUCGCAAAAGAUGUUGAAAGGCAACGGCAAAGAUAAUAACGUUGGUACGUUGUCGGAUUCGAUGCAGGACGUUAAUAACGAUGAAUCUAUCGUUGGCCAAUUAUCCGAUAAAAAUAAAAGGAAGCAAACUUUCGAAGGGAAUUUUAAUGUCAGCACGUGCGAACAGAAUGAUCCAAGUACAAGCUGCGAAUCGGAUGAUAUAUUUGAAGCGGCUACGCAACGCAUUGACAUUGAUUUGGAUUUGGAAAGUGUUAAAAGUCUAUCACCGUCGAAAGGGAGAAAGACCGAUGACGGAGAUGUUGAUAUCGAAGGUGGUACGACUCGAAAUAUAUCCAACGCACGAAAUAUAUCAAGUACUCCGAUAAAGAAAACGAAUCGAGUUGAAGAAUUGAAAAAGAUAGAAAACGAUAUUGCAUUGGCGACUAAGUGCAUUCAAUCGAGAGAGAUUAAAAAUAAUAAAGGGGAGGAAAAUAAAGUGGAAAAUGGGAAUGAUAUCGACGAUUUCGAUAAGUUAAAAACCCAAUUGGUAUGCUUACCUGAUUUUAUUAAUGACGCAAAGAAAAGAAAAAGCGACGCGGGAGGGGAAAGCGACGAUAUCGAUGAUAUUGAUACGUUGGAUACCCAAAUAAUAGAUUUUUCAGAUUCAAAUCGUGGCACGAAUAAUGCAAGGACCUGUGAAAAGGUGGACGACAUUAUCGAUAUUGAUUUAUUGGAUACGCAACCAUUGAGUAAAAUCCAUGCGGUCGGCACGUCGUCGUCUACGGCACCCAAGGAGGUCGCUCAACAAUCGAAUUCAUCCAAUAAUGUUAGUAUAGAAGAUAUCGAUUAUGAGACGGCAUCCACCCAAAUAAUCGAAGAGAUGGAAAUAUUAUCGAAUACGCAAGAGGAUAAUAGGAUUAAAAGUACAGAUAAAUCUAAAAAGAGCAAGCGUAAAGUCAAUCUUACCGAUAGUCUCGAACAGAAAUUAAACGAUAUGUUCGACGAGGUUAACGACGAAGAGAUAAACGAUACAACGAUGAUAUCGACUCAAUGUCUUGAAAAUAUUUUAGAGGUAUCCCGGUGUAAUAACGUUUCAACGUUUGACAAAGAUUUAAAUAAAAAAUUGGCCGAAUCAGGCCGACGAACAACGUCGGCGGAUUCGCAGGACGACGAGGUAUAUUUCGGUGGACUUGUUUCUAAAAGAAAACGAAACGUUCUUGCCGAUUCUCAAGAAAUUGUUCGUUCAAAAGUUUCGACUAAUAAUCGCCGCGGGACUAACAGAAUUUUAGCCAUCGAACACGUAGAGAGAGAUUUAUUGAAUAGCUUCGAGGUUUCUUCGAGCGUUACUUCGAAGAAAAAGAAUGUCGGCGAACGUACGGAAACGGCAAAAUUGUCAGACGACGAUAUCUUAACUCGAUUGCCGGAAGUUAAUAUAUCCGGUACACUUUCGGAUCCAAACGCUCGCAGGUCGUUGGUUAAGCAAACCAAAUCUACGCGUCGUACUGAUAAUAAAAAGAUCGUCAAAAAUUUGGACACACCCAAAGUCCGGGAAACGAGAUCUAGCAUUAAUAAAAACGUACCCGUGACAAAAGUGAAAGAUGUCGAUUAUGAAAAUGUAAAAAGAAUGGCCGAGGAUUUGAUUUCCAACAGGGAUAAUAAAUUGAGUCGUUCUAUGGUAGUAGGAAUGGCUAAAAGGGGGACAAAAGUAAAGAACGUAAAGUUAACUGAUAAGCCAUCGGUUAAAAAAAUAACUAAAUUGGAUAAGGUAGAAAGAGAAUCCGAAAAUAUUUUAACUUAUGUAACCGACCAAGUCCCAAGGAGAAGGAAUACUCGAUCUAUGAGCUUGGCGGACUCCAAAAAAGAGAUCGAAGAACGUCAAGCGAAAGAUAAUAAUAAUAGGGGAAACGAUAACACGUCUAAUACCGAUCUAAUAAUGGGAGAGGAGUCGCAAGAGGUUGCAAUGAUUAUGAACGUUUCCUCGAUUGUCGAGCCAAGAAAUAUUCGAAAACGUAAAGUAGCUAAUCUAACGAAUUCGGACGAUGAUACGUUAAACGUCAAUAACGUAAUGUCCCGUAAAGGUAAAACGAACGAUGCGCUAUACGAAGCAUCUAAAUCGCAAUUUAAACGAAUUAAAUCUGGUCGAAAUAAUUUGUCGCAAUUGUCCGUUGAUUAUUCUAUGACGGAUGAUUCGUCAUUGAUCGUUGCGAACGAAGAUGAUUCUGCGAUAUCAUCCAAUGUUCGGUCUACUCGUUCGACGCGAUCGAAUACGGAGAAACGAAAAAUUGAUAAUAAUACGAGUAGUUCAAAGAAAACGGAAAGGAAGAACGAUACUUGGACGGAUAGAGAAAAUAAUACGAAAACUCCAACGAUACCUUCAACGCCUGCAACACGUAGAAGCGUGUCCUUUUCAAGCCUGAAUACCUCGUCACUUUCUGCAAAAGAAAAAAUUCUUUUUACCGGUAUAGCGGAUGACGAAUAUGCUAAAGUAUUAAAAAUAUUAGGCGGUACAAAGGUAGAAGAUCCUUCGAAAUGUACCGUAUUGGUUACAGACAAAAUACGUAGGACAAUUAAAUUUCUUUGUGCAUUAGCAAACGCAGUGCCGAUAGUAUCUGUAAAUUGGUUACAUGAGAGCAAACGAGCUGGCCGUUUCUUAGAUUGGGAAAAUUAUAUGUUGAAGGAUCCAGCUAUGGAAGCAAAGUAUGGAUUUAGAUUAAGAAAGAGCUUGGAUAAAGCUAGAGAAAGAAAAUUGUUAGAUGGUUAUGUGGUUUUGUUAACUCCAAAUAUAUUAUCACCGCCUAUAUCGGAAUUGAGAACUAUGAUCGCAUCGUGUGGUGGCAAAGCUUUAUUACGACCAUCUUCGAGAUUGACAGAAAAAACAAUAAUUAUAAGUCAUCAGGAUGAUUUGGAUAAUGCGCGAAAAUUGUUAUUAAAAGUACCUAAAAGUGUAACGAUACAGUCUACCGAGUUCCUUUUAAUUGGUAUUUUAAAGCAAGAAUUAGAUUUCGUUCGACAUAAAUUAAUUUAGCUCGUCGGUGGUACCCAUGUUAUUAUUAUAAUGAAAGUUUUUUUUUUCUUUUACUACGCAAUACGGACAUUUUCUGUAUACUCUCAAGUAUUUUAAUGAAAUCAUUUAUAUCAUCGUUAUAAUAAUUUUACUUAAGCAAUAUAGAUGCAAAUGUUUGUGUAUAAAUAAAUAUUUUGGAAGAUAGUCAAUGG